CUGCGGCGCCGCGGGUGCGGGGCGGUCCCCGCUCGGCUUGCGCGCCGCCGGCCCCGCUGCUCAGGCGCCGGGGAGCAGCCUGCGGGGCCGGGCGGCGGGACGCUGCCGGCUAGGCCAUGCCGUGCUGGGAGCCGCUCCUCUCCUUCCUCCUCCUCCUCCUCCUGGGCUGGCGGCGGGCUGCGGGCGCAGAGUCUUCUCCCCAUUUGCCGGCACCAAAGGAUGUAGUGGUUUAUUCCUAUAACUUUAAUAGUUCACUGAGAUGGUCUCCUGUUGAAGUGGAUAGAGGCGUGGUCUUAUACACAGUCCAGUAUAAAACCGGGGCCUUCAACGAGUGGGAUGAGAUGAACUGCACCCGGGUGGUGCAGACCCAGUGCAGCUUCCCCUGGUCGCUGAAGCAGCGGCGCUGGACGGUUGUUCUGCGCGUGAGGGCUGAGCUGGGGCAAGUGGCUUCUGACUGGGUGGAGACAGAUCCGUUUGUGGCAGAGAGAGACACUACAAUAGGGCCCCCAAAAGUGAACUGUGAGACUCAAAAUUCUGACUCCCUUCUCAUUAGUAUCACACCCCCUAUUGGAUCUGAAGCAAGAUACUUUCUUCAGUAUCAUGUGUCCUACUGGGAGAAUGCAACAAGUACUACUAAACAAGAGAUAAAGACAAGCAAUACACUAUUCAAAAUCAGAAACAUAAAGGAAUCGACACUUUAUUGUCUUGGUGUUCAAGUAGAAUUGACAACAUACUUAGCUUUCCAGUUACUUGGACUGCAAAGUGCCCCAGUGUGUUGCAGAACUACAAUCAGCGAAGCAACCAGAGCUGCAUUUAUUAUACCAAUAUUUGUGUUGGUGUUAGCUCUUGUAACAGGUGGUUUGUUUCUUCUGUGGAGAAACCGCAGGACAAUUAAAUACUGGUCUCAGCCACCUUUAGAAAUCCCAUCACACUUCAAAGAGUAUUUGAAAGACCCUACCAUGCCUGUUCUGGAGCUGUUGGACAAUCACGUUGAGGAUGACCCUCCCGAUUCCUUAUCUGCUUUAUCUCAUGUGGAAGGAAGUCAAGCCUGCGGCAACAGUUUGGAUGAUCAAGCUCAUUCAUGCAGCAUCUCCACUGAAAGCGAAGUAACUUAAGUGGUACCCUAGUGAGAGUGCCUGGACUGAGUCUUUGCAGAGGCUCCUGCCCGUGAGCAGUGCCUUGUGGCUGCUGUCAGAGCAGACAACCCAGCCCUGGACAGAAUGCAGCCACUGACAAAUUCUGAGCAAGAGGUUGCUUCCUGAGAAUAGCGUGGACCCUGAGCCAUUGUUUAAAUGGCUUCUGCUGUGCCACAAUAGCAACUGUGUUCUGCCAGAGACUUAUCAGGUGGAAGGUGAAAGACAAUGAACACUAAAUUGCCUUAAGACAGACGGUUAUGAAAGGUUUUUAUUAACAUAAUCAUAUUUUCCACCCUGAAAUGAAAUAAAGCUUUGAGAAAUAACAGCACUUUAUUGUAGGAUGUAGUACUACCUUGAGUUUUUCAAUGGCACCAUUAAUCACUGGCUUUUGUUUUGUUGCCUUAAUUGUAAACUCAACAUGUAUUAUAUCCAUCCCAGUAUUUUUUUCUGAAUGGUUUUUAAGUACAUGGCAUCUUCUGUGGCAGGGUUCUUCCCCGCAGAUAAAAAUGGCACUCUAAAAAUACAUUUUACAGUGCUUCACUCUCUGCAGCACAAAUCUGUGCAAAGAACUGUGCCAGGAAAGGCUUCCUAGUAUCUGCCUCCCACACAUUCAUGUGAAGCAUUAAUCUUCUGCUCCUGCAGUGACACAGUUGUUCCUCACAGCAAAACAAGCUUUAAAAUAAUUUUUCUCAGAAUGUAUAUAAUAUGUAUGUGUUUUUAUCAGACACUAAAAUCUCAUGUUGGCUAUCAAUCAGAUUAGUCCCACAAAUGGAGAGUUGACAGAAGGUUGUGUUUUGAGUCCUUUGAAGCAGACUACAAGUGAAGCCUUACAUCACAAUCUGGUAUCUAAUAAAGGACAAAUAACCAAUGAACCACUUCUGUACUAAAAAGGUUGGGUUUAUUUGUUUUGACUUUUUUGGGGGUUUGAUACAACUUGUUUCAAAAAAAAAAAUAAAAGAAAAAUAUGCUUGUUUGUUUGCAAAUAA